CACACUUGAACAACGGUCUCGGUUCAACAGCAGUAAUUUCACCGCCCGCACGGUUCAUCCAAGUCUUGCACAGUCACAGUCCAUUGUUUUUCGAGAAUGGCCACUACACCUCCUCCUCCACCACCUCCGCCAUCGAGAGGCCUCAAGCCCACGUCCGAUGAGACAGCCAGACAGUUCUUCAAGCAUUCGUCCGGCAAGCGCAUCAACACUGACGCCAUCAUUGCCAAGACCCUCCAGGCGGAAUAUCCCAACCUGAACCUGGUGAUCGUGCCUGCCUGGGGAGUCGAUCUGCUCGGCUACGCAUCGGCGGGGCAUGCGAGCUUCACACCCGUCAACCAGCCCCACGGGAAGGUGCCGUCGUCGUUGAUAUGGAAGAGCUACGUCCCGCCAGCGCGCCGCAUCGACGGUAGCCCGGGCGGCCUGCGACAGGACGUCGACUUCGCCAAGUUCCUGUACAAGUGGCAAGACGCCGACUUCAUCGUGUACAUGGUCGACGGGCGCGACGGGAGCAGCCCCUACCCGCGCGUGCUGAACUACUACCUGCUGACUCCGGACCCGGCCAAGGCGGACGCACUGGUCAUCGCCGCCGGCCAGUGGGGCAGCGCGCUGCACGGGGAGGUGUGGGUGUGGGACGGCGGCGCGUGGACCAAGAGCGCCGAGCUGUACGACAGCAUCCGCAAGGCGUCGUGGGACAACGUCAUCCUGGAAGAGGGCAUGAAGAAGGCCCUCAUCGAGGACCACCAGUCCUUCUUCGACUCGCGCGACACGUAUGCCCGGCUCAAGAUCCCCUGGAAGAGAGGCGUCAUCUACCACGGCCCGCCGGGCAACGGCAAGACCAUCUCCAUCAAGGCCAUGAUGCACACGCUGUACGAGAGGAAAGACCCGGUGCCCGCGCUGUAUGUGCGGAGCUUCUCCUCGUUCAUGGGCCCCGAGUACAGCAUCGGGCAGAUCUUUGCCAAAGCCCGCCAGUUCGCGCCCUGCUACCUGAUCUUCGAGGACCUCGACUCGCUGGUGACCUACAACGUGCGCAGCUACUUUCUGAACGAGAUCGACGGGCUGCGGAGCAACGACGGCAUCUUCAUCGUCGGCAGCACCAACCACCUGGAGCGGCUGGACCCGGGUAUUUCAAAACGCCCAUCCCGGUUCGACAGGAAAUACUACUUCCCGGACCCGGACCUGGAGCAGCGCGUCGCCUACUGCCGCUUCUGGCAGCGCAAGCUGGCCGACAACAAGGACAUCGAGUUCCCCGACAAGCUGUGCAAGGCCAUCGCUGAGAUCACGGACGGGUUCAGCUUCGCAUACAUCCAGGAGGCUUUUGUCGCUGCGUUGCUGGUCAUUGCCCGCGAUUCGAACGGGCUGACUGGGUGGUCAGACAGCGUAGGGAGCGAGGAUGGCUGGGUGAGAGUAGACGAUGACGAGGGUGAUGAUUUGGAGGAUUUGAUCCUGUGGAUUGAAAUUAAGAAACAAGUGGCCAUUCUUCGUGAGGGCAUGGACGAGAAGGCAUAGUGUCAGGGGACAAGGGUCAUGUGUACCUAUUUAACGACACUCGGGAUUUCUGGGUGGUAGAGUAUUUGUAAUUUGUAGAUAAGGUACCUAGGCAUAAUCGUCAUGCGUACCUUAUACAUAUGCAAUAAAAUGAGGUCUAU